AUGAGUCGUUGCGAGCUACUGUUGCCGGCCCUGCUGUUGCUGGUGUCCGUACAGGUGAACUACAGUUUGCAGUACGAUUCGGCGGAAUCGUCCCGGUACUAUCAUCCGACCGGUGCGGGCAGCGAACCCGGCAGCAAUCUGCGCUACGAUGCGCCGGACGACUGCAAGUACCGGAUACUGCCCGGCAACGAGGUCGACCUGGCGUGCAAUCUGCGCACGGUGAACAGUGAAUUUGACAACACGAACUUCAGUGUGAUACCGGCCGAACAUACGGCCGCCCUGACCAUCCUGUGCAAUGAAGCCAUCAUGGCGCGGAGCAAGCUGCUGCACAACUCGUUCGUCCAUCUGGUGCGGCUAAAGGCGCUGUCGCUCGAGUACUGCAAGAUCGCCAAGUUCUCCAGCACGGUGCUGGCCGGGUUGGGCGAGCUGCGCAACUUUACCCUCCGCACGCACAACAUUGCCUGGCCGGAGCUGAACCUGGAGAUCGAGCCGGACGCGUUCGGGUACACGCGCAACCUGGAGGUGCUCGAUCUCAGCACGAACAACAUUUGGUCCCUUCCCGACCAACUGUUUUGCUCGCUCACCGGCCUGCGGUCGCUCAACAUCAGCUCAAACCGGCUGCAGGACGUUAACGAUCUAGGGUUCCGUGAGAAGGGUGUGAAGGAUGAGCUGGAAGCAGCGGAAAGUCCGAAAUCGAACAGUACCGGCACGGUUGCACCACCGGUAAGCUGUGCGCUGGAUCUGGAGGAUCUGGAUGUAUCGCGAAACCAUUUUGUGCUGCUGCCGGCCGCCGGUUUCGGUAUGCUGAAACGGUUGAAGAUGCUGAAGAUACAUGACAACGAAAUCUCGAUGGUUGGCGACAAGGCGCUCAGUGGGCUGAAGGAGUUGCAGAUCCUUGAUCUGAGCUCGAAUAAGCUGGUGGCGUUACCAACGGAUCUUUUCCGCGAUCCUGCCCAAUCCAUUCAGGAGAUUUACCUACAGAACAAUUCGAUCAGUGUGCUUUCGCCGGGAUUGUUCUCAAAGCUGGAGCAACUGCAAGCGCUCGAUCUAUCCCAGAACCAGCUGACAUCGGCCUGGGUGAACAGGGAAACGUUCGCGGGCCUCAUACGGCUGGUUCUGCUCAAUUUGGCCAGUAACAAGAUAACCAAACUCGAGUCGGAGAUCUUCUCCGAUCUGUACACGUUGCAGAUUUUGAACCUGCGUCAUAAUCAGCUGGAAAUCAUUGCAGCGGAUACGUUCUCGCCGAUGAAUAACCUACACACGCUUUUGCUUUCGCACAAUAAGUUGAAAUAUUUAGAUGCCUAUUCGUUGAACGGGCUGUACGCGCUGUCCCUGCUGUCGCUAGACAACAACGCGCUCACUGGCGUACAUCCCGAGGCGUUCCGUAACUGCAGCUCACUGCAAGAUCUCAACUUGAAUGGCAACGAGCUUGCGCAGGUUCCGCUCGCACUGAAAGAUAUGCGCCUGCUGCGCACAGUUGAUCUGGGCGAGAACUCCAUCACCGUUAUCGAAGAGCCGGGUUUCCGUGGCAUGAACAAUCUGUACGGGCUGCGGCUGAUAAGCAACAGCAUUGAAAACAUUACGCGGAAAGCGUUCAAAGAUCUACCGAGCUUGCAGAUCCUUAACGUGGCGCGUAACAAGAUUUCGUACAUUGAGAAGGGCGCGUUCGAACCGGCGGUCAGCGUGCAGGCGAUCCGGCUCGAUGGUAACCUGCUGUCGGAUAUUGAUGGUCUCUUCACCAGCAUGCCGAAUCUGGUGUGGUUGAACAUAUCAGACAACAAACUGGAGCACUUUGACUACUCGCAUAUUCCACCCCACCUGCAGUGGUUGGAUCUGCAUCGCAACGAGCUUACCGAGCUGACGAAUCGCUACGGUUUGGACAACCAGCUGCACCUGCAGACGCUCGAUGCCAGCUUCAAUCGACUGACGCGAUUAACGCCGGCCACCAUUCCCAACAGCAUCGAGUUCCUAUUUCUUAAUGAUAAUCUGAUCGUGCACGUGGAGCCGCACUGUUUCAUGCACAAAACCAACCUCACCCGGGUGGAUCUGUACGCGAAUCAGCUGACCAGCCUAGACAUCAAGGCGCUGCGGUUGCAACCGGUGCCGGAAGACAAGCAGAUUCCCGAGUUCUACAUCGGAGGCAAUCCGUUCGUGUGCGAUUGCAACAUUGACUGGCUGCAGAAGAUCAAUCACGUGACAUCACGCCAAUAUCCCACGAUCAACGAUAUCGAAACGGUGUACUGUAAGCUGAUGUACAACCGGGAGCGUUCCUACAUUCCGCUGAUCGAGGCAGAACCGAAGCAUUUCCUGUGCAGCUACAACACGCACUGCUUUGCCCUGUGCCAUUGUUGCGAGUUCGAUGCGUGCGACUGUGAGAUGACGUGCCCGAACAAUUGCGCCUGCUAUCACGAUAACAGCUGGUCGACGAACAUCGUGGAGUGUUCGGCGGCGGGCUACACGGACAUACCGAAUAACAUCCCGAUGGAUACGACCGAGGUGUACAUCGAUGGCAAUAACUUGGUCGAGCUGUCGGGGCACAGCUUCAUUGGGCGCAAGAAUCUACGCGUGCUGUACGCCAAUCAUUCCAACAUCGAGGCCAUCUACAACACGACCUUCAUCGGGUUGCGUCGGCUGACGAUCCUUCACCUGGAGAGCAAUGCCAUCCGGAAGCUGUACGGGCACGAGUUUUCCGCUCUGGAAAGUCUGCGCGAGCUGUACCUGCAGGGAAACCGCAUCGCCUACAUCGAGGAUCACACGUUUGCCGAGCUGCGCAAGCUGGAAGUGCUGCGGCUGGAUGGAAACCGUAUCACGAGCUUCGAGGUGUGGCAACUGUCGGCGAAUCCGUACCUGGUGGAGAUAGCGCUGGCCAACAAUCUGUGGACGUGCGACUGCGGGUUCGUGAACAAGCUGCGCAGCUAUUUGCAAUCGAACGCGGAUAAGAUACUGGACGCGAACGAGAUCUCGUGCAGCUACAACAACGCGACCAGCAUUCUGCGCGACAAUGGCACGAAAUGUACGUUCCGCGAGGGGAUGUCCUCGAUCGUGCAUCGGCAGGAAAUAGAGGAUAUGUUGCCGCUGCUACUGGUGGCAACGUGCGCUUUCGUCGGCUUUUUCGGGUUGAUCUUCGGCAUUUUUUGCUACCGCAAGGAGCUGAAAGUGUGGGUCCAUUCCGGUCUCUGCUACAAGUCGGGCACGUUUGUGAACGAGUUCGAUAAGGAUCGGCUGUACGAUGCGUACAUCACGUACUCGCUGCAAGACGAACACUUUGUGAGUCAAAUUUUGACCUCCACGCUGGAAAACGACAUCGGUUUCCGGCUGUGCUUGCACUAUCGAGACCUGAACGCGAACGCUUAUCUGGCGGACACAAUCGUCGAAGCGGUGGAAAGCUCGAAACGGGCGAUUCUCGUACUGUCCAAGAGCUUCCUGUACAACGAAUGGACGCGGUUCGAGUUUAAGGGUGCGAUCCACGAGGUGCUGAAGCGUCGCCGGAAGCUGAUCAUCAUCCUGUACGGUGAUCUGCCGCAGCGCGAUCUCGACGCCGACAUGCGGCUGUACCUGCGCACCAACACAUGCAUCGAGUGGGACGACAAGAAGUUCUGGCAGAAGCUGCGCAUCGCCCUGCCGCACGUGAAGAAGAGCAACUGCCUGAACAAGCGGUCGGCGAUCAACAUAUACGCGACGGCCGGCAACGACUACAACAUGCCGGGCCGCCCGUCAACGCUGGGCCCGUCGGUGGCCAGCACGCGUCUGGAUGGGCCCCAGCAUCACAGUUACGCCACGAUCGGUCCUAACUGUCCCAGAAACUGUGAUAACUACGAUACGGUUAGCAAUUGUAAAUACAACACCACCCAGCACCAGACCCACCACGAGCGGCGAGCGAAUGCGGAGUUCGGACGGAAGGCGACGGACGGCCGGCAGCACGAGUACGCGGUGCCGUCCAACUGUCUGCUGGACACGACGCACGAAACGUACAACACGACGGCGAGCUGCGAGCGUAUCGCCGGGGAAACGUUCGAGUGUACCUCGACCAGCUCGAAGUUCUCCACAUCGUCGCGCGGAUCGGGCAGCGAUUCCGGUAGCCAUUCGAUCUCCUCCGCACACCACGACUUCCAGGGCAACCGGUCCCCCAACGGCUGUCCGCCGAAUCUGCUGUCCACCACCAACUUCUCGUACAACCAUCAUCCGCACCAUCACCACAACGGGAGCAGUCGGAGCAAACCGGGCCCCGGGCCCGGGCCGGAGGGUGUUGGCGGGGGAAAGGGUCCUGCCGAUAAGAGCAAUCCGGGCACGCUCGGGACGGACAGUAGGGGUGGCAACAGUUUUAACGACAGAAGACUGCCACAGGCCAUGUGGGCAUAA